AACCUUAAACCUAGUGUUACUGCUGAGAAACUUCCAUUCUCAUGCACUUCACCAAAUUCAAUUUCGUCUCGCAGAAUGACAGAUGAUAUGAUAUUCUUCAAAAUGAAUUGAAUUGCACUUAUAUUCCAAAGUAUAAUUCCUAUCAUUCGAUCCAUCUUCUGUUAGGAGCUUUCAUUAUGUCCUUCAACUUUCCGUGACUUUCAAGCUUUCCAAAUUGAAUCAUGUUUCUCAGGGGGAAUUAAUUUCUGUCCAAACAAUGGCAACGGAUUCUUCCAAUGGUAAUGGACAUCACCAGACGACAACAACAAAGACACCUCCUUCACCAUCUCCCCUGCGCUUUUCCAAAUUUUUUCAGUCCAACAUGAGGAUCUUGGUCACUGGAGGAGCUGGAUUCAUUGGAUCUCACUUAGUUGACAGAUUGAUGGAAAAUGAAAAAAAUGAGGUCAUUGUUGCUGACAACUACUUCACUGGAUCCAAGGACAACCUCAAAAAAUGGAUUGGCCAUCCAAGAUUUGAGCUUAUCCGUCAUGAUGUCACGGAGCCUUUGCUGAUAGAGGUUGAUCAGAUCUACCAUCUUGCAUGCCCUGCCUCUCCUAUAUUCUACAAAUACAAUCCAGUGAAGACUAUAAAGACUAAUGUCAUAGGCACUCUCAAUAUGCUUGGGCUUGCAAAGAGAGUAGGAGCAAGGAUUUUGCUUACAUCAACUUCUGAGGUAUAUGGAGAUCCUCUUGUGCACCCUCAACCUGAAAGCUAUUGGGGCAAUGUUAACCCUAUUGGAGUCCGUAGUUGUUAUGAUGAGGGGAAACGGGUGGCUGAAACUUUGAUGUUUGAUUACCAUAGGCAGCAUGGGAUUGAAAUACGCAUUGCAAGAAUCUUUAACACAUAUGGACCACGCAUGAAUAUUGACGAUGGGCGUGUUGUUAGCAAUUUCAUUGCUCAAGCACUUCGGGGGGAGUCCUUGACAGUCCAAAGUCCAGGAACUCAAACUCGAAGUUUCUGUUAUGUCUCUGACCUGGUUGAUGGUCUUAUUCGCCUCAUGGAAGGGCCAAACACCGGGCCAAUUAACCUUGGAAACCCCGGUGAAUUUACAAUGAUUGAACUUGCUGAGACUGUGAAAGAGCUUAUCAAUCCUGAUGUUGAGAUCAAGAUGGUGGAGAACACUCCUGAUGAUCCGAAACAAAGAAAACCAGACAUAACAAAAGCAAAAGAAUUGUUGGGAUGGGAGCCAAAGGUGAAGUUGAGGGAUGGUCUUCCUCUUAUGGAAGAAAAUUUCCGUCUGAGGCUUGGAGUUGACAAGAAGAAGUAGCUCAAUUUCUCUCCUUUGGUGGCAUGUCAAAAGUAGAAAUAAUAAGUGAAAUGAGUCUGGCUGUUUUCAAAAGCUUCAUCAUUAUAGGUAUUAUGAUACUGAGAAUGUUGGGGUGCCUAAAAUUUGGAGUCUAUAGCUAUCACACUGCAAUAUUUUGUUUUCAUUUGGAAAAAGACUACAUCAUGUCACUUCAAAUUUUGCGGGUUAAAAAGACAAGUGAAUUUAGCUUUUUUUUUCCUGUAUUCUCGUUUUAUUUUCAACUUUCCUUUCUUAAGUGUCUUAGGAUGUUAUUUAGUGUGGAGUCAUGCCAUUUACUUUGAAGUGAAACUGAUUCACAAUACCUCAGUCGAAAUUCAUUUUAUGUUGUAUAUUUGACAACGAUUGUUUUGUAAUAAAGUUCUCUUCAAGCUUCA